UCAGAAAUCCGUCAGUCUCCUGCUGUGAGUUUUUCCGUCAAACCCGAGGAAACCCUGACAGUUAACUGAGAAUUAAAGACGACGUGUCGCCAUCAGAAAACGCCCCAAAACUCAAAGAUGGAGCAGGAAAACAUUUUUCUUUUCGUUCCCAAUUUGAUCGGUUACGCCCGCAUUGUGUUGGCCCUGCUGUCCUUCUACCUGAUGCCCUGCUGCCCGUGGCCCGCCAUCUUCUGCUACCUGCUCAGCGCCCUGCUCGACGCCUUCGACGGCCACGCCGCAAGGGCGCUCAACCAGUCCACCAAGUUUGGAGCCAUGUUGGACAUGCUGACUGACCGCUGCGCCACCAUGUGUCUGCUGGUGAACCUGUCCCUGCUCUACCCGUCCUACACCUUCCUGUUCCAGGUCAGCAUGUGUCUGGACAUCGCCAGCCACUGGCUGCACCUGCACAGCUCAACGAUAAAAGGAUCAGCGAGUCACAAGACCAUCGACCUGUCCGGCAACCCUGUCCUCCGGAUCUACUACACAUCCAAGCCGGUGCUGUUCGUGAUGUGCGCCGGGAACGAGCUCUUCUUCUGCCUGCUCUACCUCCUCCAUCACAUCCAGGAGCCUGCAGCCUGGCUCUACUGGCUGCAGGGACUCUGCGGGAUCAUCUGCCUGCUGAAGUCCGGCAUCAGCCUGCUGCACCUCAUCACCGCCUCCCAGAACAUGGCCGCCCUGGACGUCGCCGAGCGAGAGCGAAGCGCGAAGACGCAGUGAGAGAGGAGCGAGCGAGAGCGGCGGCUACAAACGCACCACGGUUUCAUUUCUCAUCAUUUUAACUUCGUGCACUGAGGUGAAACACAGACAGCCCGCUUCAGUUAGUCACAUGACAUCAGAGUCAUUCGCAGCGUCACAGCUGCUCAUCCGGGCAGGCCGAAGGCUGGAUGAUUACUGUCUGCAGGCUCGGGGGGGUCUUUCACAGGCACACAGUCGGCAGUUUGACACUCGAGUGAUGCGAUGAUAAAGAUUUGUGAGCCGGAGGAGAGGAUGUUCCAGGAUGUUCGGUACGUGUGUGCACAGUUCCACUGAGCUGAGUUUAACGUUCGCACUGAUUGGCUGAGGGAAACCUCUCGGCCGCCGGCUUUGCUCGGACCAGAAUCACGUUUUCGAUCGUGGAAAGACUCUCAGAGCGGUCGAACGACCUCGAGAGCUUUUCACAGAUCGUCAGAUUCACGACUUCAGCAGCUCCAGUCAUCUGACCUGAAGAGUCUCUGUGUGCCUGUGAAGCUCUGCAGCCACGGCGACGGCCGAGGCUCUCGCCGCCCGUCACAUUUUGUUCUGCGUGACUUCGGUUCAGCGGCAGGUUGAACUGCAUGAAUCAGAGUGACACCAGAGACCGGCUGCCUCCGUCCUGUCAGACCUGAUCACUGAUGCUUCUCUUUGUGUUCAGUUUAACAUCAGUACAAACGUUUAUGGACCAGAUGAUUCAUGGAGGAAGAAUCUGCAGGUUCACGUUAGUUAACGAGUUAUUGAGCAGCUUCAGUUUCUGGUUCAGCUGACGUGAAGCCGGAGCUCCAGACAAACAGUAAUCAUCCAGACUUUGAGCCUGAUUUCUUCUGCUUUCAUUGAUUUUUUCCUGAAUUUCGUUCCUGAAAUCAAACCAAAACCUGCAGCUUCCCUCAGUCUCUGCAGACGACGUCCUUUCCUUCUCACUUUUACUUUAAACACGGCGAACUGUUUGUUUCAUUGCACGACGCCGAUCAGCCGGUGCCUGUCUGACGAUGCUGAGUUUGUUUUUGUGGUAGAAGAGACGAGUCUCGUCUCCGUUUUAGUCGUACGUAGAAACAGAAAGUUAUGCAGGUCGUAAGUUUACCUCGUGUGAAGAGCACCAAGUCUUAUCGUUACGUUUUAAACUGACCACACGAGUCUGCUGCUGACGACUGCGAUGCAGAAGUCUCAGUGCAGAAUCAGUGAAAAGUGUUCAUGUAUUGAGAUUUGCUUCUUUUUGACUUAUUUCCUAGAAUGUAUUAUUCUAAAAUGAAAAUGUGCAUCAACAGUGAGUCUAAUGUCGUAUUUAAAAGACAUCAGUUGUUGUAUUUAAUAUAUAUUUGAUGGUUCUUUUGUUCGGAGUGAAAGUGUUUCAGUUUACUGUAAAAGCAGCUGCAGAAUAAAGAAACUGAAAACCA